AUGAUCACACAAAAUUAAGAGGUAUGGAUCAAAACUAAUUUUUAGAUUUUGAGAAGGCUAAAUAUUUGGUAAUAAGUUUUGAAUGAUCUACAACUAAUUGCGUAGAUUUUCUAAGAGCGAAAAAAUAAUAAGUAAGAGAAUUAUUAGAAUUUUGUUGAUAACUGUGAAUUAUUAGUUGAUAUUUGGAGCAAGCCCAAUUAUUUGAAUUUACAUAAAGAAGGGGAAGAAAAGGAGUAAUUUGGAUUUUUUUCUUCGUAUUCAUUGCGUCAGAUGGUAUAGAAGGAAUUCAAUUAAUUGUGUACGAAUUUAUGA